AUGACAACGGCACCCCAACAGCAGCCAAUAAUUACGCCGUCCGAACUCGCAGCCGACCUCGACGCCCUCCAGCGUCUUCCACCAAGCACACUCGCGAAACUCAUCGACCCUUCGGCUGAACCAACCCCGAAGCCAGCCGACGCGACCACCCAGCUCGCGGCCUUUGGUCCGUCCUCUGGCCCCGCUGCCAGUCUGGCCUUGACCACGGCGUACGCUGCCGAGAUGCGUGACGGUGCGGCCAAGCUGCGCGCACAGGAGAUUGGGGGGCCCGCGUCCGCGAUCGCUGGUGGACGUGGUGCGGCGUCUGAUUUGGCGACGCUGGAGCGGAUCCGGAGUAGUAUGCGGGUGCAGGGAAGUGAGAGGAAACGUAGUCUGCCCUCCAUAUAA